AUGAGAGUCACCCAACGUUACGACUCAUGCGGAGAUCGACCACAUUCUCACCAACCGAAGGUGGUAACGUUCUCAGUGGUACCAUCCUUCAGUAGUGGUUCAGAUCACCGCCUCCUUCGAGCAAAAGUGCGAUUCAGCCGGUCAGUGGUACCAUCCUUCAGUAGUGGCUCAGAUCACCGCCUCCUUCGAGCAAAAGUGCGAUUCAGCCAAAAGUUGGAAGAAGAUCUGCCACCGUGUUGGAGAAAGGAGAAGUCGUAUAUGACAGCGUCAGAUUAG